UGGCGGCCGGAGGGCGAGCGGAGGCGGGAGCCGGGCCCAGCCGCCGAGCCGAGCCGCCGCCGCCGCCGCACCGCCGCCAUGGCCAGCUCCCCCGUGUCCCGCGUGGUGUACAACGGGAAGCGGAGCGGCGGCCCCCGCUCCCCCGGCGCCGGCACCGAGAUCUUCACGCCGGCCCACGAGGAGAACGUGCGCUUCAUCUACGAGGCCUGGCAGUGCGUGGAGCGCGACCUGCGCAGCCAGAUGGGCUCCGAGCGCGGCCUGGUCGAGGAGUACGUGGAGAAGAUGCCGAACCCCAGCCUGAAAGCGUUCAAACCUGUCGACCUGGGUGAUCUGAAGAGGAGGAACACACAGGACGCGAAGAAGUCCUAAGGCGAGUCCCCGCACAUCAUCUGUGCUCCAAGGGCCUCAAGCAGAUUUCAUUUGAGAUUUUGUGUUGAUUUCCUCCUCUGGUCUGUGCUCCCAAAAGCCUACGGGAGAGCCAGUCAGCUCCGGGGCUGGCUCGGAAGCUACCUGAAAUCAAAGGUGCUCGCUGAGGAUGCCCAGAGCCUGUUGCAAAGGGUUCCAGUCCCCCACUCAUAGCUUUCUCUGGCCUCAAGCUGUCCUUCUCCUCUUCAUGCUGGGCUCACAGGUCUCCUGUUCUCCUUCCAUCUCUGCCCCUGUGCAUUGUGUGUGUGGGCUCCCUGGGCUCUGGUGUGUGGCAGGGCUCAGGGCAGAGCAGACCGGCCACGUUGUCAGCAGAGGCAGCGCUAGUUCUCUGCGCCCUUCUGUGCACUGAGGAUCUACCACUGCUGGGGAAGAAGGAGGGAGCAUCAGUUCCAUCCUUGUGCCUCGGGACAGCAGCCCCAGUUCAACACCCCUUGUGCUGCACCAGUUGCACCCUGGUCAUUCUUCCUGGCUUCCAUAGAGUGUAAUUUCCACUGGGGCUGCUGGUGUUUGGGGCUGGUCAGCGCUGUCAGAGCUGUUGGGCCUGUGUCCGAGGCUUGAUUUACUUUGUGCUUAGAUUGGGCUGGUCCCUGUGGAGCUGAAGGUGGAGAGCACUGGGGUGUCAGCCUGGCCCCUGCCCUGAACACCUGUGGGGUGCCUGGAGAGGGGUUUGGUCCCCUCACCUCAGAGCUCUGCAGCUCCAGAGCAGGCAGCAGCAGGGGUGGCCGGUUCUGACUGUUGCCACCCCUCCCAGAGCAGCGCUGUAUUGUGUUACACCAACACCACUUCCAGAUGUGCACCCGUGGAUGAGAUCCGGCCUCCACAGCUGGCAGGUGUGUCACUGGGGGGGCAGCUGUAGUCAGUGUAACUCACACCUGGGGGGCUUUCUUCAGCCCCUCACUCCAGGCAAGGCUCAUCAUUGGUUCUAAGGGCAGGGACUGCUGGGGCUCUGGCCAGCACCAUUGGGUUUGGGGGGUGCAGGGGACCUGUGGCUGCCAUUCCCUUUCCUCUCUUGAGUCACUGAGCUAGACUGUUCUUUUUUUUUUCUAUUUUUUCUGUUGUCUGUCACUUGAGGCGUGUUGUAAAUAAAAGCUGGUGUCCUUUUGGGUC